UCAGAGCAAGAGAGCUGGGCGAUAUGUGAAAACUCUGUCCGCAUUAAAACAACAAAGUACUCGACUGUUGUCCUGGCCGUCGCCAUCGUCAUCAUACUCGGCUCGCUCUGUGUCCCAUUCCUUGUCGGCGAAAAGAUCGAAGGCGUCGAUCCCUUCCAAUUCGUCACCUUCGGCUGGCUGCUCGCUGGGGCCUUCCUUAUCGGCGCCAAAAGCCGAUAUGUCGAGGAAUGGCCAUGGCACGAUUUCUUGCGCGGCCAGAUCAUCUGCCGCAGCGUGUCGGAGCUCGCACACGCAUCCCGACUCAAGGAGCAAACCAUCCUGCUUUACCUGCUCCAGAACGAAUUCAAGAAGCCGCUGAUGUUUCGCGGC